GCCUAUUUAAGGUGGGAGUCCACUUGUCAAACUUAGGUUUCAGUGGAGUCUAUCAGUAGUUGUGAAACCAUUAACAUUUAUUGACAUACUCUCCACAAUGAAGAUGCUGCUGAGUUUGGUUGUUCUGCUCUCUAUUUUUCUGUUGAUUAGUUCAGCUCCUCCAACCUGCUACUCAAGGAUUCUGUCUUUGAGCAGAGAAAUCAUGGCAUCAUUUAAGAAUUUACAGAACACUGAACCUGUGGACCCCUGUGUGGAGAUGCUGCCCAUGCUCUACUUGGACAUACAUAAUUAUUGUGUGUUGACAAAACUCCGUAACUUUGUGGCAUACCCUGCAUGCCAAAGAGUGCCGCAAGUGAGUGCUUUGAAGGAAAAGAUCCGGAGCCUGUACACCAUUAUGAUCUCCUUCUGCAGAAGGGACUUAGUGUUCCUUACUGACGAUUGUGAUGCUUUGGAAAUCCCUAUCCGGUCUCCUACUGAUCCCUCUGUCAUUCAGAGCUAAGAGUCAGACCACAGGAAGUACCUGGGAUGGUUUAAAGGAAGUCAAAAGCCACCCAAAAAUGCAAUCAACUACAACAUUAACAACCUUGUUCUUUUUCAAGCACACCAGCCCUAUUAUCUCAGGCCGACCCACGUUUCUCAGCCUUGGCAGGAAAUCUGCAUGCCUUACAUACCUAAUCAAGCUGCUAGCGAAACUAUGGUUAGAAAGUAUUUUAGUCAUUUGAUGUUUUCAGUUUAGCCAAAUUAGAAAGUAUGUUUUUGUUUGAUCAGAAAUUAAACGCUGGGUUUGUUACUC